CUAACAGUGAAACUCACAAAAUUCUAAAGAAAAGUACAGAGAAAUGGGAAGCAGCUUGAUGGUCAUGAUUGCAAUAAUGUUUUCUUCUUGCAUUUUGAUUUCAUUAGGCAUUGUAUGUUGGAAAGUGUUCAACUGGGCUUGGUUGAGGCCGAAGAAGCUCGAAAAACGCUUGAAACGACAAGGUUUCAGAGGAAAUCGGUACAGGCUAGUCAUUGGAGACUUCAAAGACAUCUCAGAUUUACUGAAAGAAGCUCAUUCCAAGCCAAUUGGUCUUGUUGAUGAUUUUGUGCCCAGAGUUGUACCUCAUUUCCUUCAAGCCCUUAACAAAUACGGAAAGAACUUGUAUGUAUGGUUAGGGCCACAUCCGGCCGUGGUGAUCAUGGAUCCUGAACUAAUUAGAACAGUGGCACAAAGGAUUGAUGUUUUCCAAAAGCCAGAAAUCCAUCCACUAGCAAAAUUUCUUGUACAAGGAUUAUUCACCUACGAUGGGGAUAAAUGGGCUAAACACAGAAGAAUUCUGAACCCAGCUUUCCAUAUGGAUAAGCUGAAGCUUAUGAUGCCAGCAGUUUACGAAUGCGCACAUGAGAUGUUGACUAAAUGGGAGGAAAUGGUACCGGCAAGAGAAAGAUCAAUUGAAUUAGAUAUCUGUCCAUUUCUUGAAAGUAUGACUGCAGAUGCAAUUUCGAGGACAGCGUUUGGAAGUAGCUAUGAAAAAGGAAGGAGGAUAUUUCAACUUCAAAAGGAACAGGCUGAGCUUUUCGGUCAGGCUGUUCGAUCUAUUUAUAUUCCGGGAUUCAGAUUUGUGCCAACUAAGAGGAACAGAAGAAUGAAACAAAUAUAUAGAGAAGUUGAUUACCUGAUUUCAGAAAUUAUUAAUUCAAGACUUGAGGCGACAAGAGAAGGAGAAGCCGUAGUCAAGGAUGAUGAUUUAUUGGGAUUAUUGUUGAAAUCCAAUUCAGAAGAGAUAGAUAAACAUGGACAUAAGAAAUUCGGGAUGUCUAUUAAGGAAGUCAUAGAAGAGUGUAAGUUGUUUUACCUUGCAGGGCAGGAGACAACCUCUGUUCUUUUAGUUUGGACAAUGAUCUUGCUAAGUAGAUUCCCAGACUGGCAAGCUCGAGCUAGGGAAGAGGUUUGGCAACAAUUUGGAACAGAGACGCCAGAUUUUGACGGGCUGAAUCAGCUGAAAAUUGUCACCAUGAUCUUAUACGAGGUUUUAAGGUUAUACCCACCUUUUCCCGUGCUUGGUCGAAAAAUCGCUAAAGACACAAAAUUAGGAGACUUCAUUUUUCCAGCGGGAGUGCAGGUCACAUUACCUGUGAUACUAUUGCAUCAUGAUCCCGAAGUAUGGGGUGAUGAUGUGAAGGAGUUCAAGCCGGAAAGAUUUGCCGGAGGAAUCGCCAAUGCGGCGAAGACCCAAGGUGUGUUCUUCCCAUUUGGUCGAGGACCUCGCGUGUGCAUUGGACAAGCUUUCGCCAUGUUAGAAGCAAAAUUGACCUUAGCUACAAUUUUGCAACGGUUUUCCUUUGAGCUUUCACCGUCUUAUUCCCAUGCUCCUUUUCAAGUUGUAGCACUUCAGCCUCAGUAUGGUGCUCACUUGAUUUUGUAUAAAUUGUAAUGUACUCCCUACAUUUCAAAAUUAGUGUUAUUCUAGAGUUUGCACACAGUUUAAGAAAAUAUUAAAUAGGAUAACAAAAUUACUAGAAUAUUUUCAUCCAACCACAUUAAAUAAAUACUCAUCAAUAACAUUAUUUCUUUUAAGGAUAUGUUUAGAACUUUUUGACAAAAAAUACAUCGGAACCCG